AUGUCAAUUGAAAUGGAUAAUGACAGUACAAGUGAUCAUUCUUUAAGUUCCAUUUCUAGGAGGUCAAGUUAUUUGAAUGUGUCGGAUGGAGAUGACGUGACUGGGGACGUAGUUCCUGUUGAAUCCAUGGCUUCGACUGCUGAAUGUUUGAUGAAUAGUAAAUUGGAUGAAAAUAUUGAGGUAAAACCAGGUUUGCCAGAAUACCCAGAGAUCACUGAUGAAGUCAUACCAUCGUUACCUGAACAAAGGCAUCUGGUGUUGCAAUUAGCUAAAGAGGCAGAUGUGAAUGCCAAGGAAGGGGAUAAGGUAUAUAUAAUUCCUCAAAGGUGGUACGAUAAUUUUAUGGAUCCCGAUAUUCAAGAUUUCAAUCAGAUAGGAUCAAUUGAUACAAAUAUAAUUUGUAAAGAUUACGAUAAUUUUAUAUUGAAUGACUAUGAUGUAACACCAUAUCUAUCGAUUCAGGAAUCUGUUUUCGAAAAGAUAUCUUCGUGGUAUGGAUUAGCGCCAAAUUCGAAACCAAUAGUUACAUGCUUGAUAUAUGAUGAUCAAUCGGGGUCAUUGGUCACUGAAUAUAAUAGAUGUAUUUUCAGACUGCAUUACUUAACAGAAGACUCAAAAACCAACCAGUAUCGCCAUCAUUUGUCACAGGCUAAUAGCAUACCUUUUUUUACUCUAUCAAUGUUAGCAACCGUUAAAGAGUUGAUGUCUAAAAUAUUAAACGUUUUCUAUGAAAAAGAAUCUCAUCUCGAUAUAGAAAAGACAAAGUUUAAAGUAUGGUUUGCAAAAGAUUCAGAGUUGAACCAAAAUAAUAGCAUUUUAAAUAUGUCUUAUAAAUUGGAUCCUUAUCAAUUCAUGUCAUUACCUUUUCUAACAAGAAUAACUGAACAAAAUUUUGGGAAUACAUUAAAAAAUUUGAAAAUAGAAACUGGUGAUUUUGUAAUUGAGAUAAAACAGGAAGGUAAAAAUUAUCACUGGUUAUCAAAUUACUUUCAUUAUAAUGCAUUGACCCCUUCCAGAGGAAAUAUUGGUUUGAAUAACCUAGGUAAUACAUGCUACAUGAACUCAGCCUUACAAUGUUUAGUUCAUAUUCCUCAACUUCGUGACUACUUCUUAUAUAAGGUUUUCGAGAAGGAAAUAAACCUAGACAAUCCAUUAGGUUAUCAAGGGCAUGUUGCUAGAUCAUUUGCUAUAUUGAUUCAAAAUUUAUUUAAAGAUGAAUUGCUUCCUUCGUUAUCUUACUCGCCAACGACUUUCAAAUCUACCGUGGGCCACUUCAAUUCUAUGUUUUCAGGCUACUUGCAACAAGAUUCCCAGGAGUUCAUAGCAUUUUUAUUAGAUGGAUUACAUGAAGAUUUAAAUAGAAUAACCAACAAGCCUGUUGUUGAAAAACCCUCCCUAAAACCAGAAGACGAUGUCAGCAAUCAAGAGGUGAUCAAGAAAUUAGCAGACGAUACUUGGAAUUCCCAUCUUCUCAGGAACGAUUCGAUCAUUACAGAUAUCUUUGUUGGAUUGUAUAAAUCAACACUUCACUGUCCAGAAUGUGACAAUUUAUCUGUAACAUUCGAUCCUUAUAAUGAUUUGACACUUCCAUUGCCUGUUGAUACUAAGUGGAAUACUAAAAUAAAGUUAUUUCCUCAAAAUUCCCCACCAUGCAUAAUUGAAAUAGAAAUGGAGAAGACUUCGACUUAUCAAGAGUUAAAGGAAUAUAUUGCAAAUCUAGUAAAAAUGAAUCCAAGUGAUUUAUAUGGUUUCGAAAUUUUCAACCAUCAAUUUUACAAUAGUUUUGAUUCUGAUAAAUCUAAUUCUAAUUAUUUACCUCUUAAAGAAUUGAUUUCUGAUGCCGAUGACAUCAUCUUCUAUGAAAUUAAAUCUUCCUCACCAGCCGAUAUGGUUGUCCCAGUUAUUAAUACCAAAUUAGAAGAAGGCUUCAAGAACCCAAGAUUAUUUGGUGUACCAUUUUUUGUCACUUUAAAAGAAGACGAAUUAAAUAAUCCCGCUGCUAUUAGAAAAGUUAUCGAGACUUCAUAUACCAGAUUGAGUGGUGGAUUUGUGGAAUUUCCUCUUCUUGAAUUAACAGAAAACAGUUCUAUUGAGAUGUUUCCAUUAGUGAAAGAAAAGUACCCGACUAUUAAUUUUGGGAAAUAUAACCCACUAAUAGAAUUAGCUAAUCCCGAUAUGUCUGUCGACGAGUACUUCAAACUUAGAUUGAUGGAACUUACUCCAAAUCAACAAAUAAGAAGCAGGAAUGCAACCUUUAAUUCCGAUAAUGGCUUCAGAAAUGAUGUUUGGGUCCCAUUAUCUCAUAUUAAUAUCAAUAAAGCUAUUGAUAUUACCGGAUAUCUUGAUCCAGUUUCAAGAAAUAUUUACAACUAUUUGGAUUUGAAGAAUAAAUUUAUAGAAAAGGAUCAAGGAUCCGAUGAUUGUGUAGAGGAAAACGAUGAUACGAAGUCUAGUACUGAUGAUAAUGAGGAAGAAAGCUUGGCAAAAGAUAAUGAUAGUGAAUCUAGAGCUGAAUUUAUCGAUCAAGAUACUGAUAUGUCAAAUAAUGAUUUGAUACCACAAAUUCUAAAACCUACUACGUUUAUAUUAGCAGAAUGGACAGAUGAAUCAGCCAAUCGAGUAUUUACCCAAGAUAAAGUGGUUGACUGGGAAACACCAGCUGAAUUAAAGAACAUCGCCUUAGAAGAUGAAAGAAAGAAAAGACAGAUGGAUGGAGAAAAGAAGAUAACUCUGGAUGAUUGUCUAAAUCUAUUUGCUAAGAAAGAAGUUCUGGGAAUGAACGAUUCUUGGUACUGUCCAACGUGUAAGGAACAUAGGCAGGCAACAAAACAACUUCAAUUAUGGUCCACACCAGAUAUUCUGUUGAUUCAUUUGAAGAGGUUUGAAAAUCAAAGCUCUUUCAGUGAUAAAAUAGAUGAUACAGUUUAUUUCCCGAUAACUGAUUUGGAUUUAUCUCCAUAUGUAGUAAACAAUGAUGAGUCUAAGAGUACAAUUUAUGAUUUAGUUUCUGUUGACAAUCAUUAUGGUGGUCUGGGAGGAGGUCAUUACACAGCUUAUGUCAAAAAUUUCGUAGAUAAGAAAUGGUAUUACUUUGAUGAUUCAAGGGUAACAGAGACUGUUCCUGAACGAAGCAUAGCAGGCUCUGCAUAUUUAUUAUUUUAUAUGCGUAGGUCGGAUAAUACUGUAGGUGGUGAGGAGUUAAAGAAUCUGAUAUUAAAAGCACGUAGUGAAUUUAACUUAAAACUCCAGGAAUUCUCAAAAAGACAAGAAUCUUUGUUCUUGACCAACCAGACUGAUGAAGAAGAUACGAGUGGUGAAGAGGACAAUGAAGAUGAUACAGAUUCUAGACUUAAUUUAAAUGAGGCCGACAAGUCAGAUUUCCCAGUAGAGGACCAGUCUGGGUCUAGUAGAUCUACGGAUUAUAGCAUUGAAAGCAUGGAAGUUGGAUAUUCGAAAGCAAACGAAGUCGACAACACUAAUGGUGAUAAUUCUGGAAGGAGGAAGUUACGGAUGUUAAAUAAGAAAUAUAAUGUUUCUACAGCCAAUUCUCCAGCAUCCCUUUCUCCUUCCGAGGAUUCGGAUGGAAAUAGUGUAAGUAUAAUCAGAUCUGAAUCCGACUCUGUUUCUACCCCAGGUAGCGAUGAAGUUGCCAAAUCACCUGUAAAAGAAUAA